AUGGGGCACUGGAUAUGUUACCUUUGCUCUGGAUUUGCAGAUUUGUUGAUGCUGCUCCUGGUUUUGGCUGUGAGCUGUAACCCUUCCACAGCAGCAACAGCUUCUCCGUCUGCACCCCACGUCAAAACCAGCUACAGUUUUGGCCGGACUUUCCUGGGACUUGAUAAAUGCAACGCCUGCAUUGGGACAUCCAUUUGCAAGAAAUUCUUUAAAGAAGAAAUAAGGUUUGACACCUGGCUUUCUUCUCAUUUAAAGCUGCCCCCCAGCUACCUGCUCAGCUACUCGGGCAACUACACUGAUGAUGCCAAGAGCUGGCGGAUGGUCGACAUCACCCGGCUGACCUCCAAGUACCGCCACGACCGGGCAGACAAGCGCAUCUGCACCUCCCUGCUGAAGACAAAGACCUGCAGCCUAGAGCGUGCCCUGCGCCGCACGCACCGCUUCCAAAAGUGGCUACGGGCCAAGCGCCUCACUCCUGAUUUGGUCCAGGGCCUGUCUAGCCCAAUGCUGCGCUGCCCAUCCCAGCGUCUCCUGGACAGGAUAGUGCGGCGCUACGCUGAGGUGCCAGAUGCCGGCAGCAUUUACAUGGACCAUCUCACCGACCGGGAUAAACUGCGCCUGUUGUACACCCUGUCAGUGAAUUCACACCCCAUCUUGUUACAGAUCUUCCCCGACGUGGAGGGGUGGCCCUUCCCGCGGUACCUGGGCUCCUGCGGGCGGCUGGUGGUCAGCGCCAGCACACGGCCCCUGCGUGACUUCUACGGCGCGGCCCCCGAGGUGGCUGCCGACCUGGCCCUCCAGCUCCUUGCCAUCCUUCACUCCAUGGGCACCAACGACCUCAACUAUUUCUUCUACUUCACCCAUGUGGACGCUGGCACCUUUGGCGUGUUUAGCAACGGGCAUCUGUUCAUCCGGGAUGCCAGCACGCUGGGCAUCAUCGACAAGGAGGAAGGGAGCCAGCUGAUUGAUGGCCAACAGGAGUAUAAAGAUAUAUUCAGCUGCUUGACUGUGGACUGCCAGUCUGCAUUUGUGUCCUGUAACUCCAUCAGGGAGAAGCACAGCCUCGUCAUGGUGUGUCAAGAGCUUUUGCCUAAGCUGCUGAAAGGAAAAUUCCUGCAACCCAUGCAGGAGAAAAUAGACAGAUUCCUGCAGCACUGCGCCGAUAGCCUCGCCGACGACCAGGGUCUCGAUGAGGCAGUUGCGAAGCUGGCAGAGCUCCUGAAACCUCUGCGGUCUUGUGAUUCCCGUUUUGCCUACCGCUACCCUGACUGCAAAUACAGUGACAAAUACUGA